CCUGCCGGGGUGUCUGUGGAGCGGCGGACGCGCCGGCUUUGAGCAUCCCUGACCGCCCAGGCGGGCGGUCUCCGGGUUGCGGCUCGGGCGCCCGAGGCUCGGCCCGCCCUCGACAUGGCCAGCUUCGGAGAGGAUAAGUCCAGCGAUGGUGAGGGGUCCCCUGCAGCAGCCACUGUGGCAGGUGGCACCCACUUGUUGGGCUUCUCCGACGAGAUCCUUCUGCACAUCCUGAGCCAUGUUCCCAGCACAGACCUGAUCCUGAAUGUCCGGCUCGUCUGCCGGAAGCUGGCGGCCCUGUGUUUGGACAAGAGCCUCACUCACACUGUGCUGUUGCAGAAGGACUAUGAGGCCAGCGAGGACAAGGUGAAGCGGCUAGUGAAGGAGAUUGGCCGAGAGAUCCAGCAGCUCAACAUGGCUGGCUGCUACUGGCUGUCGGGCUCCACCAUCGAGCAUGUGGCCCGCUGCCGCGGCCUGGUAAAGGUGAACCUUUCUGGCUGCCAUCUGACCUCUCUGCGCCUCUCCAAGAUGCUAUCAGUCCUGCAACACCUACGCUCGUUGGCCAUCGACGUGAGCCCAGGCUUCGAUGCUGGCCAGCUGAGCAGCGAGUGCAAGGCCACGCUGAGCCGCGUGCGGGAGCUGAAGCAGACACUGUACACCCCAUCCUAUGGCGUGGUGCCCUGCUGCACCAGCCUGGAGAAGCUGCUGCUCUACUUUGAGAUCCUGGACCGCACGCGCGAGGGAGCCAUCCUCUCUGGCCAGCUCAUGGUGGGCCAGAGCAACGUGCCCCACUACCAGAACCUGCGCGUCUUCUAUGCCCGCCUGGCCCCAGGCUACAUCAACCAGGAGGUGGUGCGGCUCUACCUUGCUGUGCUCAGUGACCGCACGCCCGAGAACUUGCACGCCUUCCUCAUUUCCGUGCCUGGCAGUUUUGCUGAGAGCGGCGCCACCAAAAACCUGUUGGACUCCAUGGCCCGCAACGUGGCGCUGGACGCCCUGCAGCUGCCCAAGUCCUGGCUCAACGGCUCGGCCCUCCUGCAGCACAUGAAGUUCAACAACCCGUUUUACUUCAGCUUUAGCCGGUGUACUCUGUCCGGUGGCCACCUGAUCCAGCGGGUCAUCAACGGAGGGAAGGACCUCCGGAGCCUGGCGAGCCUGAAUCUCAGUGGCUGUGUUCACUGCCUGGCCCCAGACUCCCUGCUCCGCAAGGCGGAGGAUGAUAUUGACAGCAGCAUCCUGGAGACGCUGGUGGCGUCCUGCUGCAACCUGCAGCACCUCAAUCUCUCGGCCGCCCACCACCACAGCUCCGAGGGCCCGGGCCGGCACCUGUGCCAGCUGCUGGCCCGGCUGUGCCAUCUGCGCUCCCUGUCACUGCCGGUGUGUUCUGUGGCUGACUCGGCGCCUCGGGCCGACCGAGCACCCGCCCAGCCUGCCAUGCAUGCCGUGCCCCGCGGCUUUGGCAAGAAGGUCCGCAUCGGCGUGCAGUCCUGUCCCAACCCCUUCUCGGGGCAGGCGGUCCCUCAGCCCUCCUCCGUGUUCUGGUCCCUGCUGAAGAACGUGCCCUUUCUGGAGCGCCUCGAACUGAUUGGGUCCAACUUUUCUUCUGCUAUGCCACGCAAUGAGCCAGCCAUCCGAAACUCCCUCCCGCCCUGUAGCCGCGCACAGAACGUGGGGGACUCCGAGGUGGCUGCCAUUGGCCAGUUGGCCUUCCUGCGGCACCUGACACUGGCCCAGCUGCCCAGCAUUUUGACUGGCUCUGGGCUGGUCAGCAUUGGCCUGCAGUGCCAGCAGCUCCAGUCCCUCUCGCUGGCCAAUCUGGGCAUGAUGGGGAAGGUAGUCUACAUGUCGGCCCUCUCCGACAUGCUGCAGCACUGCAAGCGGCUAAAGGACCUCAGACUGGAGCAGCCCUACUUCAGCGCCAACGCCCAGUUCUUCCAGGCCCUGAGCCAGUGCUCCACACUGCAGCGUUUGUGCCUGGUCUCCCGUAGCGGCACCCUGCAGCCCGAGGCUGUCCUGGCCUUCAUGGCCCGCUGCCUGCAUGUCGUCGUGUGCCACAUGUUCACCGGGGAGUCGCUCGCCACCUGUAAGAACCUGCAGCAGUCCCUCCUCCGAAGGCCAAACUCAGAGUUUUUGAGAGGGAGGAAGCACCUGGCUCUGGUUGUUCUGCUGCUUACCUGUCCCCUCAUCUGUGUGGCCUUGAGUUUCCAGGCCGAGCGGCCCGCACUGAACGUCGUCAUCUUCCCUCUGCUCCAUGAGGGUCUGACUGAUGUCAUCCGGGACGUCCCCAUGAUGCAUCUGGACGAGAUCACCUUGUUUAAAAGCAGAGUGGCCGAGGAGCCCCCAAACUUGUGGUGGUGACAGCACAGCGAAGCUGCUUCCGUCGCGGAGUCCCCUUGCCGGCAGCCUCAGCAGCCAAGGAGCAGGACUGUGGAAUGGGCGUGUGACUUCCGAUGGCUGCUGCGGCCCCACUCCUGCUCCUCGCCUGGUGCGGGCCCCAGGAGCCCGCCAGACUCGACCCCGUGGUGUGUCUCGGAGGAAGGAAGCCUCUUUCUCUGCCACCUCCCCGGCCAGGGCUCCCCGUGCUUCCUCUCGCAGCGCUCGUGGCUUGUCACGAGAAAUCUGGGCUGAGACGGCGGAGGAGGACACAGCAGGAAGAGCCCAGUGGGGGUGGCUGGGGGCCUGGCGGUGGGCAUGACUGCGCAGAGCCAGGGCUGCCAGAGCUCUCCUGCCGGGCCGCCCAGGCCGUCAGCGCUGCGCCGCCAAGCCGCCUCCUCGCCUCCGCCUGUGUCCCUGGCUGCUGCUGUCCUGGUCCCCUGCCAUCUCUGUGCUUUGUGCUUGGUGGAGGGUGGACUGAGGCUUGGUGCUGGUCACCCCCCACAGGUGACUGUGCCUGUGGGCAGACAAGCUUGUCCACACUGACCUCUGGCUAUGAGGCCAUUGGCCAUGUGUCCCCGAGCCCCUGCCUCAGGCCAGGUGUCCGUGCGACACGUGAGGAGCAAGUUCUGGGGCUGCAGACGUCUCCUGAGACGCAUUUUAGCCCAGUUGUGUCUAGCGUCCAGCAAGGUGGCAUCAGACAACUUCAGGAGCAGUGGCCCGGCAGGGCCCUGGGGCCUGGGGUUGCUGGGUGGGGCUCCGGCUAGGGCCUGCCACAGGCCAGUCAUCUGCUUAGCUUUAGCGACUUCAGUCAUCUGUAGGAUCUCUCCUUCUGGGGAGAUGCUCAACACACACACACACACACACACACACGGCUUAGAAUAUUAAAACCCAGAAACGAUGUUUAAAGCUGGAGUAAGUGAUCAAACUAUCCCAUUUCAGAUAGCUUUAUGUUGCACUUUAAAGAACUUCAACUUAGCUACUCCAAAAAUGAGGUGACCUCUGUAGUCUAGGGCCGACCUGUGCUACGCCCAGCGCCUCUGCCUUCUCAACCCCAAGGUUCCCCAGAGCCACCCCGCCUUGGCUGGUGGGCCCCUGCGGUAUCCCCUCUGCCUCCUGCUCUGGAGACAUGAGGCUGUGGCCUCAGCGUCCACCCCGGGCAUGCCUCAGUCGCUGCAGAGGCUGCGUCCCAGGAGCCGGCAGGCUGGGCCUUUCUUGCCGGCCUCCCUUUCCUGCUCGGCUGAGGUUGCAGGGCCCUGUAGGCACUGCUGGAACCCUCUUGGCUUUCCUCCUGGUGGCCCCAACAGCUCGGCCAUCUUUCUGCUGUUUCCAUGGUGAUUAUUGGCCCCAUUCCACGUGGCUUGUCCUUCUGUCUCAGCUAUAUAUGUCCUGGGCAUUUGUUUGCCUGCCCACCCUGGGUUCUUUCCCCACCCCCCCACAGACAGAGGUGGCCCAGGAACCUAGAAACCUAGUCGUGCUUGUGGGAACCCUUGGAUUUGGGGCCUGGCAUAAUCUCAGUCCCUGAGUGCCCUGGCUAGUUCUGUCAGCACACAUUGGCCCAGCGACUUGGGCCUGUCCUGAGGCUCAGGCUCUCUGUUCAGUUCCUGACUGAUGGAGGGUGUGUUUGCACAGCUGGGGCUGGGGCUGGGCCUCUCCCGCUCACCUUGUUUUCCUUACUGUGAGUGUCCUCUCUCCACUGCAGGCUGCAGCUGGCGGUUCUUUGCCUCGUAGCCAGAGGCAUGGUCUGCACCUGCCUUCAGCUGAAUGCCCUACAGCAGGCCUCCCCUAGAGUCUUCACCUCUCAGGUCCCAACCUGGCCUAAAGGCUGCAGCCUGGGCCUCAGUUCUUCACGGCCUGGGCAGCUGCCCUGGCCCCCAGAAAGAAGGACCAAGGUUCCUGUUCGGCCCAUUUCUGUGGAUGAGAGUCUGGGAGGUAGGCGUACCUUUCUCCCUAAUUUCUGGCCAUUUCUGCCAGGUGGCAGUGGAAACCACCAGGCCAGGGUGACUAGGAAGGAUGGUGUGGGAACUGCUACCGGUCUUCCAAGCCAGGGCCUGAGCAGUCGCUGCCUGAACAGCACGGCUGUGGCCAGCACGGGCUGUGAGGGAGGCAGGUGGCCCUGUCAACUCCGGGACUUCUGUGGGUGAGGCUAGAGCCCCAGGGCCUGGGUGGCUUGGGUGCCCUCCGUUCACCCAGCGCGACCUUGGCCCAGGCCGCGUGUGUUUUCCACUAGGAGUUUCUCCAGAGGCUGAGACGCCUGCACGCUCUGGCCAGGGAGGGCUGUUCUCACGAGCAAGCAGUUUUAACCAGCAGUAUAAUUUAUUCCAAUAAACAGGGCUGGGAGGACCAUUUGUGAGAGGCUGGGGGUGUACACUGCCUUGGAUAGCAACCCCUAAACAGUAGACUUGUAUUUUUAGUGUCCCCUGCAACCAUCCUUUUACUUAGAGCAAGAAUUGCCGCUGCUUCUACACCCAAGACAGGAUUCACCAGAU